AUGAUACUACAGUUCGCCUACAGAGCCAACAGAUCUGUAGACGACGCCAUUAACCUGGCCCUCCACCACAUCCUACAGCACCUGGACUCCCCGGGGACCUACGCCAGGGUCCUGUUCGUGGACUUCAGCUCUGCCUUCAACACAAUCCUGCCAUCCCUGCUCCAGGACAAGCUCUCCCAGCUCAACGUGCCCGAUUCCACCUGCAGCCACGACUCCGUGAAGCUGAUCAAGUUCGCGGACGACACCACCCUCAUUGGACUCAUCUCCAACAACGAUGAGUCCGCCUACAGGAGGGAGGUGGACCGGCUGGUGUCCUGGUGCAGUGGUAACAACCUGGAGCUGAACGCCCAGAAGACAGUGGAGAUGAUUGUGGACUUCAGGAAGAGCACUGUCCCCCCGCCCCCACCCUCCGUGAUGGACUCCCCCAUCACCUCUGUGGAGUCCUUCCGUUUCCUGGGCACCACCAUCACCCAGGACCUCAAGUGGGAGCCGACCAUCAGCUCCCUCAUCAAGAAGGCCCAGCAGAGGAUGUACUUCCUGCGGCAGCUCAGGAAAGCCAAGCUGCCUGCACAGAUGUUGGUGCAGUUCUACACGGCCAUCAUCGAGUCCAUCCUCACCUCCUCCAUCACCGUGUGGUUCGCUGGAGCCACAGUCAGGGACAAACAGAGACUACAGCGCAUUGUGCGCUCUGCAGAGGAAGUGAUCGGCCGCAGCCUUCCAUCGCUGCAGGACCUUUUUGAUGAUCUGGUGAGAAGAUACAUUGACGAGAACAUGUCUUACCAGCAGCUACUAGGUGAGGGAGCGAUAUGGCUGCUCAGAUAUGAUUUCACCUUUGAAUGGCCUCGACCAAUCAUGCCCAAUAUGGUGUUUAUUGGAGGGAUCAACUGUGCAAAGACAUCUCCCCUGCCUGCGGAUCUGGAGGAGUUUGUGGAGGGAUCGGGGGAACAUGGUAUCAUUGUGUUUACUAUGGGCUCGAUGGUGUCCGACAUGCCUAUAGAAAUUGCAAAACGCUUCUUUGACGCCUUUCGACAACUCCCACAAAGGGUUUUGUGGAGAUAUGAAGGAGAAAUACCGGCUGAUGCCCCGAAGAAUGUGAUGCCGAUGAAAUGGCUGCCGCAAAAUGACUUGCUUGCCCAUCCCAAAGCACGACUCUUUAUGACCCACGGCGGAACCCAUGGCAUUUACGAGGGCGUCUGUAACGGCGUGCCCAUGCUCAUGUUCCCUCUGUUUGGAGACCAGCGGGACAACGUGCAUCGCAUGGUGGCCAAAGGGGUGGCAGAACAGCUCCUCAUCUAUGACCUGAGCACUGAAAGUCUGGUCACUGCACUCAAGAAGAUGCUCAAUGACAAGAGAUACCAGGAGAACAUGCAAACAUUAUCCAGCCUGCACAACGACCGCCCUGUGCCUCCUCUGGACUUGGCCGUGUUCUGGACUGAGUUUGUUCUGAGGCACAAAGGAGCCGAUCACCUCCGAGUGGCAGCACACAACCUCAACUGGAUCCAAUACUUUUGCCUGGACGUUCUGGCGUUUUUAGCCCUCAUUGUGUUCAUUGUUGUGUGGAUUACUGUGAAAUGCUGCUUGUUUUGCACCAGGACGUGUUGUGGAAGAGGGACAGUAAAAAAGAAGCAAGCCUAG